AUGGCGUUUGAAAUCUUUGAUGGGCGUUAUGGUGCUAAUAUUCCAAUAGACAUGAUACAGGACAUAGCCCAGAGUAAAAAUAUAACAAUAGAUAUGGAUGGUCUGAACAGUAUACUUGAUAAAGUUAAAGAGAAAUCCAGCCAAUCAGUGGAUCAAAGAAAGCAGAAGCCGUUGCUGUCCAAUGAUGUCAUGGAUAGAUUGAGAGCAGACGCCAUCUCGACAGACGACUCGUAUAAAUACAGCUACAAGAAGGAGAACCUGUCUUUUAAAUAUAGAUAUGGGGUUCAUAAAGAGGCUUAUGUAUAUGAACAGCCUAAUGAUGUGGAGGUAACCGCCAUUGUAUACCAGGACGACCUGACGGAUAGUUUGGCUUCUGGGCAGACGGGCUACAUUAUCCUCGACAAAACUCAUUUCUACAGCGAGGCUGGAGGUCAAAUUGGUGAUAGGGGUCAAAUUUUUACACAGACUGGAAAAGGCGUAGUUUCAGAUGUCCAGAAUUAUCAAAACUAUAUUCUACAUCAGGUCCAGGUCACGGAAGGUCAAAUCAAUGUCAAGGAUGUCUGCAAUUUACUUUUAGAUGAGGAACAUCGACUGGGUUGCAUGCAGAACCAUACAGCUACUCAUCUACUGAAUGCUGCAUUACAGAAGAAUUCACUGAGUUUAGAUGACAUUAAGGCUGUGGAAGAGAUAGUUCAAGGUCAAAUUAAGGUCAAUUGUAAGGUCAGAAGGGAGGAGUUGACCUUAGAAGAAGCAGUAAAAAUACCAGAAGUGGAAGCCUUGACUUCCUUAAAAAAUGAUCUACCAGAAAAGAUUUUUGUAGUUUCUGUGGGGAAAGAUUACAGUCUGUCUGAGCUAUGUUGUGGAACGCACGUUAGAAACACCAGUGAUAUAAAAGACUUCUGUAUUAUCAAAUUAUCAGGCGUUUCCCAAGGAACCAAGGGUAUAACUUGUGUCACAGGUCAACUUGCAGUUCAGGCACGAAAAUCUGGCCAACAAUUGCAAGAAAGUUAUGAAAAAUUAGAAGCACAGGUUGAGACAGGGCAGGACUCUGAAAGCUGGUUAGCAGACAUCAAAGCUAUCAAUAAGCUAUUUAAUACACAUUUGUUGCCUAAAUACAGCCGUGAUUUCUAUCAGAUGAAAACAGAUAAGCUACAAGCCACCAUCAAAACUAAACUGAAUCAAAUGAAAUUUGAAUCUUUGACGAAACAGGACAUGGUUCCGAAGAAUUUCCAGGAACAGUUAUCAGAUUCGGUGCCAGACGAAGAUAUUCAAUGCAAAAGUGUUAAACAUGUCCAAAUGUUUUACUGGACGUUUAAAUCUACCCCGCCCUCAGAGACACUUACUCAGUUUCAAAAUUGUGUGAAUGGUUUAAUUAUGGAAAAUUCUCAAAUAAAGAAUUGAAUUUGA